AUGUCUGCAGUGCGAGAAGAUAUUAUAGCCUCAGCUGUCAAGUUCCUUCAGGACCCCAAGGUGCAGUCGUCACCACUGGGCAAGCGGGUUGCGUUUCUGGAGUCCAAGGGCUUGACCUCGCAAGAGAUUGAGGUAGCGAUGGCGAGAGCGAACGGAACGGCGUCGUCAUCAGAAGGCGUAGCAGGAGCAGGAGCAGGAGCAGGAGCAGGUGCAUCCGCAGUGACAGCAGUACCAGUCCAGCAAAUGAUGGUUCCUCACCAAGGUCCCGGUCAGGUUAUGAUGGCUCCACCGCUGUUGCCUCCGAAAUACGAUUGGAAGGAUAUGUUUAUUGCGGCAGUUGUGGCAGGAGGAUUCAGCUAUGGCAUGUGGCAGAUCACAAAGAAAUUUGUUGGUCCAAAGUUGCAAUGGCCUUCACAGGAGGAUCUGGCGUUGGACAAGAAGAAACUGGAUGAGCAGUUUGAGGAGAUCGAGAAGAGUCUGGCCGAGGUCAAGGAGUCAACCACAGUCGUGGCCAAGAAUGUCGAGGAUCAGACGGCCCACGUGAAGGAGUCGCUCGAGGGCAUGACGGGCGUGUUGGACGGUAUGAAGAGUAAUGACAACAAACGGGAACAGGAACUCGCAGGGCUCAAGACAGAUAUCGAAAACAUCAAGGAUAUGAUCCCCAAGCUGAUGGAAAAGAAUAAGGAGUCCCAGUCAACAACAUUAAACGACCUACAGACGGAGAUCAAGUCGCUCAAGAGUUUGUUGCUGAGCCGUCGCACAGGUCCUCCCGGUAGCGCUGGGCCCUCAACAUCCAGCGGAUCACCUGCACCCUGGAGCGCUGCCGCCUCGUUUUCGUCUCAGAACAUGACGGCCUCGACAGUGAAAUCGGAUGAUGCUGCAAUGAACUUUUUGAACACGAAGGCGUCGAUCCCCGCAUGGCAAUUGGCCGCUCAAAAGAAUGCCGCCAACAACUCGGAAUCGACUCUGUCUACGUCUACAGAUGGAACCGACUCGACAGCGAAUAAUGCUUGA